AUGAGCGACGUCGAAGUAAAACCACACGAUGCCGCUCCGGCGGACACGCCUUCGGAGCCCAAGGCAACAGGAGAUGCCCACCCUUCCCAAACCUCAGUCACUCCGACUGCUCAGGUCAACCAGGUGAACCAGGAGGCGACGACUGCGACCAGCGCAGCGAACCCGCCUCCUAACGAAACUACACCAAUCGCUCAAUUGUGGAGCCUUGCCCAGGCUGCCGGUCACCCCGAAAUCUGGGGGGUAACGCUUGCGGAUCCGGAAAACCACAUCCCCACUCGGAUCAUCUUGCAAAAGUAUCUCAAUGCCAAUGAUGGAGACCUCGCCAGAGCCAAAGACCAGCUGUCAAAGACAUUGGAAUGGCGUGCCAAGAUUAAGCCGCUAGAUUUGGUCAAGAAGGUCUUCAGCAAACCCAAGUUUGAAGCCCUGGGAUACGUCACCACCUAUGUAGAGGAAGGUUCCAGCGAGCCAGAGGGCAAGGAAGUGUUUACAUGGAACAUCUACGGUGGGGUCAAGUCAAUCGACGAGACGUUUGGAAAGCUUGAAGAGUUCAUAGAAUGGCGCGUGGCUCUGAUGGAGAUUGCGUUGCAGGAGCUGGCGCUCUCGUCAGCAACCAAACCCAUAACGGCUGACUACGAUCCGUACAAGAUCUUCCAGGUUCACGACUACAAGUCCAUCAGCUUCCUGCGCCAGUCGCCUCAGGUCAAGUCAGCGAGCUCCGAAACCAUCAAGGUUUUUGCGCAGAACUACCCCGAACUGCUGAAGGAGAAGUUCUUUGUAAACGUCCCGGCCAUCAUGGGAUUUGUUUACACCUUCAUGAAGAUGUUCGUCGCGCCAAAAACCAUCAAGAAGUUCCAUCCCAUGGCGAACGGCAUGAACCUCGCACGAGAAUUCGGCGAGAGCAAGGUCUCCAACCUGGGAGAGAGGCUACCUGCAAACUACGGCGGCAAGGGUGCUGAGCUGGCGGAACAAGGCAAAGGUCCGCUCCUGGAGUGA